GAAAUAAAUGAGAGUUUCUUCCUAGACCAAGCACCUGGGGGGUUUUUUCUUCUUCUUUUCUUUUCUCCGAUCAAUGUCCGCGAGUGUCAGGGAAGAAGGUCUGGCAAUUUGGGGCUGACCUUUUCAUCCUGACAUUUCCGACUCCCCCCUCGGAACUUAGACCGUCGGUUCCAAGGGAGGUUCAGAUCGUGAUAAAGGGAACGAAACCAUAAUACUUCGUAGCAUGCUUCUUGUUUUUCAUUAUGAUUCAAGUGCCAUCCUAGACGAAUUCCACUUUCGCACGACCGAAGAGGUCUGCGAAAUAUUGAAUGAUCUGCCCCACUCAUUUAUCAUAUAUCAUGAACUCCACGUCUCAAGACAUAUCCCGAAAUUCCAAAUCACUCGCAUCGGACCCAUUCGGGCCAUGCAUGUAAUACCUGUGAUAUUCGCUAGAGAUAAAAACGGAUACAUACCUCGUCCAGGUACUGGAUCCGAGUUCCCGCUCGGCCGACGGAUAGCCUUCGUGGCUCUUCAACAUGGCUCAGGGGAAAGGCAAGGUUCAUCGCCGAUCCCAAUCAACCCCUGGUCUCCCCGAUCCAAGGCAACGACCAACGACGAGUCAAAGCGGCAUGACGAAUGUAGGAGAGAGGUCAACAUGACGAAAGAAAACCAGAAGCCAGCAGGUCUCGUGACCGAAGGUGUGGUAACACGGAUCAGCAUCGGAAGAGUAGAAGAAUGGGAGCACAGGAAGGGGGGCGGAAGGGGGGUGGGGUGAGACGCGGGACGGAGCGUGUGUGCGUGAGUGUGCGAGAGAGGGGCGUGUGUGUGUGUGUGUUAUCCGAGCCUCGCCGUAUUUGUACGAAGUAGCGUAAGGUAGGUAUAGUAUCCGUGGACAAAGUCAGUAUUCUCUGC